ACUUGGCACCCAAGCAACACAUGUAAUUUGUUGAUCAGAAGAUUUUUUUUUUUUUUUAAUUAAAUUUAUUUGGUUUUUCAAAUAUCAAAUAAACUGACGUCAUUAAACAAAAAAAAAAUGCUAUUUCCUUUUUCCGAAAUACAAUUCCAUCAAAAUUGGAAACUUUGCUCUAUAUAAUCAACGAGGUAGUCUCAUCUCCCACAUUAUUCAUCAAUCUCCCUCUUUUAUCUUUCUCUCUCUAGUUUCUUAAGUACUUUUCCCUGCGUUGUUUUUUCUCUCUCAAACAAUGGCUGUUUCAGACGAUCUCCCACCACCAUGUGUGAACGAUCAUGUGAAGAGAAGAAGCAGAAAAAGAAGAACAAUAAAAAAGAAGCAACUUGAAGAAUUGAUUAGCACCGCCGUAAGAGCCGCUCAUGUUGCAAGAGACAAAGGGUUUUACAUAGUCUCUCCGGAAGCCAUACAAUGCGUUGAGAUCCUUAGACAUAUGCGAAGCUUACCUCUUAACGCUCGUCUUAUUACCAAAACCGACGGUUUACGUAUUCUUCUAUUUCUCUCUAAGAACGGUAACCCUAAAAUCAGGUCUGAGUCAAAAGCCGUCAUUGAUCACUGGAAGGGCAUUCUCCAAAAAAAAGUUCAUUAAUGGAAGAGAGAGAUUCACGAGGACUACGAAGAUUUCAUCAUCAACCGGAGAGUAUAGGGUUAGGGUUUUACUUUGUGAAAAGUCUUAACAAAUUUGUAAGAAACUAAUAUCUUUUUGAUUCUAAUUUCGAAGUUUUACAUAUGUUUCUAAUAAUUGAAAGCAGAAGAUGGGGUUAUAUGGAUUAAAUUGAGACUUAUGGGGUAAUAAAGAGAUGAUUGAUUAAUACAGGGGUCAAAAACAUAAAAAGAGUAAAACUUGUCCUGGUUUAUCUCUCGUGCCUCAGCUUUGGUUUUUUUCUUUUUUUUUUGCUUUGUAUAAUUUUUUGUUUUUUGUUUUUUUUUUUUUGGUUUUAUCUCCGACAAAGAGGCAGUGAGUAGGGGUAGGGCUUUCCUUUUUUUUUUCCGACGAUUCGUUCCCUCGCGCUUCGUCGUCUGACAUCAGCGCACGUUAGCCACCGUCGUCGAUAUCAUACACCCACCACCGCCGGAGGGGAGAUAGAUUCGUGUAUUGAUUCCAAUUUUGAUCAAUUCGUCACUGUAGUAGAUCUGAGGCAAAUAGAGUGUGGACGAAUUUGACUGGGAGAACCAGAUCUAGGUUUAGGGUUUGAUGCGUUGGCGAUGUUCAGUGAUCGGCGAAAGCGGGAUAUGGCUAAUCAUGGAGAUGGAAACAAGUACGCGUCUGUGAAUCUGAAUAAGUCUUAUGGAUAUCAAUCUCAUCAUCAGUAUAAUCAAUCUGGAGGUUAUGGGC